CACAAUGCUCCGCCUGGUGCUGCGGCAAUAAGCCGCAUCGCAGCACAAUAAGAACUCCUUGCCUAUUGUCGAUCGUCCUAUCAAAAUUGCAAACGUUAAAAAUUUUCACUCUUGAAAACUUGUUCUGGCUAUACUCGCUGCGUCUAGAAGCUUUGACGGGGGGCUGUGCGCCCCCAGAAGUAGCUUUAGCCCUAGCCUAGGUCGGCGCGAAAAUGGAUGCCACUGUUAUCCACACCGUGGGUACCAAGGUGUGGAUCAGGGACGAGAAGGAAUCAUGGAUAAAAGGCGAGGUCUUCAAGGUGGAGGAGGACUAUGUGCUCGUGCGAACGGAGACAACAGGCGCGGAGGUCAAGUGCAAGCCGGAGGACGCGCCCUUGCAGAACCCGCACAACAAUCGGGGUGUGGAUGAUAUGACCCGGCUCUCUUACCUGCACGAGCCCGCGGUGCUAUGGAACCUUAACACACGCUAUGCCUAUGACGACAUCUACACGUAUACGGGCACUAUCCUUAUCGCAAUCAACCCCUUCACGUCGCUGCCGCACCUCUAUGGCGACCACAUGAUGAAUCAGUAUAGGGGUGUGGACAUUGGAGACUAUGCCCCGCACGUUUACGCCAUCGCUGACGCGGCAUACCGCCAGAUGCGGAAAGAGAUGAAGGGGCAAAGCAUUCUGGUGAGCGGUGAGUCAGGUGCUGGUAAGACGGAGACCAGCAAGCUCAUUAUGAAGUACCUGGCCUACAUGGGCGGGUACACUGAGGCUGGCGAGCAGACGGGAAGCGGCCGCAGCGUGGAGGAGCAGGUGCUGGAGUCAAACCCGUUGCUAGAAGCCUUUGGAAAUGCCAAGACCACCCGCAACAACAACUCAUCGCGCUUCGGCAAGUAUGUAGAGAUUAACUUCAACAGCAAGGGUGUCAUCAGCGGCGCCGCCAUCCGCACGUACCUGCUGGAGCGCUCUCGUGUCGUGGCCAUCAACAAUCCCGAGCGCAACUACCACAUCUUCUACCAGCUCUGCGACGGGGCCAGCCCUACCCAGCGGGCGGCAUGGCGCCUCAAGAGCGCGCAGGAGUACCGCUACCUGAACCAGUCUACGUGCUUCCAGCUGCCGGGGACAGACAACGCUGAGGACUUCAAGCGCACCAACUACGCUAUGGAGCGCGUCGGCAUUCCGGAGGCGGACCGCGAGGCCAUCUUCCGUACAGUGGCCGCCAUCCUGCACCUGGGCAACAUCCAGUUCCAGGCCGGGCCCGAGGAGAGCGCUCUCGUGGUACCCGCCACGGAAGAUGCCCUGGACGCGACGGCCGCGUUGCUGGGAGUGGACAAGGAGGGCCUGCGCAAGGCGCUGACGACCCGCGUCCGGCAGACACCGGAGGGCCCCAUUGUGAGUCCGCUGGACGCCCGCGCGGCCUCGGAGACGCGCGACUCGCUGGCCAAGAUCAUCUACGCUAAGAUGUUCGACUGGCUCGUGGGCAUGAUCAACGCGGCCAUUGGCGAGGACAAGAACUGCGCUGCCAGCGUUGGCGUGCUGGACAUUUACGGCUUCGAGCAGUUCCAGUUCAACGAUUUUGAGCAGUUCUGCAUCAACCUGGCGAACGAGAAGCUGCAGCAGCACUUCAAUCAGCACGUGUUCAAGAUGGAGCAGGCGGAGUACGAGCGCGAGCAGAUUGACUGGAGCUACAUCCAGUUCGUGGACAACCAGGACGUGCUGGACCUGAUUGAGGGCAAGAUGGGCAUCUUGGACCUCCUGGACGAGGUUUGCAGGUUCGUGGACGCCAAGGGCAAGGACUUUGCCGAGAAGCUCUACAACGCGACCACCUGCAAGGACUCGCGGCGCUUCUCCAAGCCCAAGACCUCCUGGACGCAGUUCAUCAUCGACCACUACGCUGGCCCCGUCAAGUACGACGCGGCAAACUUCAUCGACAAGAACAAGGAUUUCGUGGUUCCGGAGCACCAGGCCCUGCUGGGCGGCUCCUCACUGCCGUUCAUGGGAGCGCUCUUCACCGAGCCCGAGGCCUCGGCAGACGCCUCGGCAGGCAACCCGACCCUGGGCCGCCGCGGUGCUGCCUCCAAGGGCGUCAAGUUCAACUCGGUCGGCAGCCAAUUCAAGAAGCAGCUGGCGGAGCUGAUGGUGCAGCUGCACGCCAUGGAGCCGCACUACAUCCGCUGCAUCAAGCCCAACGAGAGCGCGCAGCCUGGAGUUUUCGAGAACAAGAACGUGCUGCACCAGCUGAAGUGUGGCGGUGUCAUGGAGGCGGUCCGCAUCAGCUGCGCAGGCUUCCCCUCGAAGCGGCCGUACGAUGAGUUCGUGGACCACUUCUGGCCGCUGGCGCCCGACCUGCUCAAAACAGUUGGCGACGACAAGGAGAUUGCUAAGGCCAUCCUGGCCAAGGCGGGGGUUAGCGGCUUCCAACUGGGCCUUACGAAGGUCUUCAUGCGCGCGGGCCAGAUGGCGCAGCUCGACAAGCUCCGCACCGACACGCUCAACGUUGCCGCGAUCACCAUCCAGCGCUUCGUGCGCGGCAUGCAGGCCCGCCGGCGCUUCGAAGCCGCGCGUGCGGCUGUCCUUACCAUCCAGUGCGCAGCACGCGCCUGGGCCGCCCGCAAGCUCACCAUGCAGCUGCGCCGUGAGAAGGCAGCGCUCACCAUCCAGACUAUGUGGCGCGGCUACAAGGCCCGCACCACCUACCUGGAGCAGCGCCGCCUCAUCAUGGCGGUGCAGUCCAUGUUCCGCGGCCGCAACGCACGGCAGCGCCUGGCGCAACUGCGCCGCAUCCGUGCCGCCAUCACCAUCCAGCGGCGCUGGCGCGGCUUCGUGGCGCGGCGGCAGUACCUCGACCUCCGCGACGCGGUCCUCGUCGUACAGAGCGGGUACCGCAUCAAGGUCGCGAGGCGCGCGUUGCGGCACUUACGGCAGCAGGCCCGCGAGGGCACCAAGCUGCUGGAGGACAAGAAAGCGCUGGAGCAGAAGGUGCACGAGCUGCAGUCCAUGCUGGAGACGGUGCAGGACCAGCGUAACGAACUGCGGCAGCAGGUCAAGGACGAGCUAGCGGCACGCACGGAGUUGGAGCGGCGGUUGGAGGAGAUGCGGGCGGAGCUGGAGGUGGUCAACCGCGGCAAGCUGGAGGAGGCGCAGCAGCAGCUGGCGCAGGAGCAGGCGCAGCGCCAGCAACUGCAGGAGGAGGUGGUAGCGCUGAAGCACAAGGUGGCGGCCACCGAGGACGCCGCCAAGCUGAAGGCCACCGAGCUUGCCACGGCGCUUAAGAAGCACCAGGACUACAUUGGCCAGCUCAUGAGUGAGCGCAGCCAAAUUGACAAGAAGUUCCAGGAGAUGAAGGCUGACCUCAUCACGCGCCUGCAGAACGCCUGCGCACAACGCGACGAGGCACGCGGACGGGUGCUCGAGUUGGACAACGAGCUCGUGAAGAUGACCGAGAGCUUGCAGGCCAAGGAAAGGGAGCUUGCCGCCGCCAACGCGGCCGCCAGCGCCGCCGCCGCUGUGCAGGCAGUGCAGUCCGCGUCCGCCGGUGCGAUCACCGUGGCUGGCUCGCCCAUGCCUGCGACGACACCCGUGGCUGCUAGCACCGCUGCCAACACUAUGCACAGCAUGUUCCAGAAGCUGCAGACGUCAGCGCCAGGGUACGCGCGCAACGUCGCGGAAAACAUCAGCACGCUUUUCACCAAGGAAGGCGCACCACUGCGAACGCCUCCGCGUGCUGGUGUGCUUCACGGCGACGACGACAUGCGGUCGCCGAGCGUCAGCGGCGUGCACGCUCCGGGCACAGGCCCUGAGAGCGAGGCCGACCGCCGCAUGCGCGAGGCGCAGCUCAAGCAGGUACAGAUCCUGGCGGAGAAGCGCAAGGUGGAGGAGGACAAGCUUCUUGCAGCGCUCACGGCGCCGCUGCCCACAGCUGUGGCGGUCAGCCGACGGGAAUUAGUUGCAGGGCCCAUUGGCAUGGGCUUCCACAGGGGCAGGCCGGUGGCGGCGAUUGUCAUCUUCCGGUACUGCCUGCACGCACGCGCCUUCCAAGCGGACCGCACGGCGAUCUUCGACCGCAUCGUCUCGGUCAUUGGGCAACAGGUGGAGCGCGGGCAAGAGGACAACAACUGCCUGUCGUACUGGCUCUCCAACACCGUCACCCUCUUGCACAUGCUCAACAAAAACAUCAAGCCCGCCUCUGGGAACGUCAACAAGGCGCGCGUAGGCGUCACCGCGGGGGCAGUUGGGGCCACUCGGUCGGUGCUUGGAGCCAUGUUCGGAAGCCGCAGCGGCGCCUCGCCGGGCGGGUUGGCGCACGCGGAGGCGUCCAUACACGGUGGCGGUGUCGGUGGCUUCAAGCAGGUGGAAGCCAAGUACCCUGCCCUGCUGUUCAAGCAGCAGCUCGACGCCAUCGUGCAGAAGAUCUUCCCGAUGAUCCGCGACAACGUGCGGAAGGAGAUUUCACCCAUGCUCAGCAACUGCAUCCACACGCCCAAGACGUCGGGCCGCACCGUAGCCCGGCCCAUGGGUGCGGGCCCUGCUUCCGGGGACAAGGGCGCAGGCCAGCAAGCCGCCUCGCACAAGUCCUGGACGGACAUCCUGCACGUAUUCGACACGCUGCUUGCGGUGGUCAAGGCAAACGUGGUGCCCAAGGUCCUGGUGCAGGCGCUGUUCAAGCAGCUCUUCCGCUUCGUCAACGUGCAGCUGUUUAACCAGCUGCUGCUGCGCCGCGAGUGCUGCUCCUUCAGCAAUGGCGAGUACGUCAAGACGGGACUGGAGCAGGUUGCCCAUUGGAUCAACAGCGCGGGGGCUGACUACAUCGCUGACUCGUGGGAAGAGCUCAAGUACCUGCGACAGGCGGUGACGUUCCUAGUGAUCGGCAACAAGCCCAAGAAGAGCCUGGAGGAGAUUACGUCGGACCUCUGCCCCGUGCUGUCCAUUCAGCAGCUGUACCGCAUCUCGACCAUGUACUGGGACGACAAGUACAACACGGAGACGGUAUCUCCCGACGUGCUGAGCCGCAUGAAGCAGGCCAUGGUGGAUUCCAACAGCUCCGCGGGCCACUCGUUCCUGCUGGACGAUGACUCCAGUCUGCCCUUCCAGGCGGCCGACCUGCUGGCCAACAUGGACGACAAGGACCUGUACUGCGGCAUUCCGGUGCCCGAGGUGCUGCAGGACGGCGACGGCGGCCCCAACUUCGCCUUCCUGGAGAAGGAGCUCCGCUUUGCAGCGCCUGCGGCGCAAUGAGGGAAAGGCGGUGUGCGGGGGCUGCCGGUAGCAUCCCGAGCAGUCGUGGCCUAGGACAGGAAUCUUGGUGCAAACGGCCAUUUUCGGUUCUUCUGCCGUUUUGGCCGGUGUGCCAUGUCGUUUGCUGCAGUUGGAACCUUGUGUUGGCCCCACUGGGCCCUACCUUUCUGCUAGCUGAUGGCUUUGACAUUGACGCCUGUUUCGUGGGAUGGUAGCGUUGGGUUAGGGGCUGUACAUAUAGCGGGCCGGAAAGCGGUGAGUUCUCACCGCCCCCACAUAUGGGCAGUACUGAUACUGACACGGAUGGUGGAUACUUCGCACUGACCCUUCGGUGCACAGACUACUUGUAUGCCUGUCAGGUAGGCAAUACAGCACUGCAUGCGCUAUGUCAGGAAGCUGCUUUGGAUAUAGCGGCGGUUGUUUUAUGCGGUGGCAGUAUGGUAACGUACGGUGUGCAGGGGCAGAGGUAGCGUAGCGGUAGCCUUGGGGAUUUGACAUAGAUAUGAAGACCGAGUCAGAGGCACCGGGCUCAACGGAUCCUUGACGAGCCAGAGAUGUGUACGGCGUUCCGAGGGGGGUUCUUCUGGUGAUAUGCAAUUAGCUGGCUAACAACAGUGACUAGAUGCAGAGACUGUGUACCGCAGGCUGUCUUGGUAGAGUAGGUAGAGCCGAGGGGGUCUCUGUACGCCAUACACAUCGGGACUGCAUAACAGGGGCAGGCACAGGGUUCUCAAGAGUAGCGAGG